CCGAUACCCUCCAUCACGAGGCGGCGAGUAGUAGCAGCAGCAGAAUGUUUGGUAAGAAGUCCCGGAGCCGAGUUCGAUCCCACUCCAUGAGCACAACAGACGUACUCCGCUCCCUCGCCAGUUUGGUAUCAUUAAAUCAUCAUGAUAGACACCAUUCGGAUGUGGGAAGACGUGAUAUCGAUGGUUGUUCGACAGAUUGCCACGCUGAGGGCAGUUUUGGUGUCAAACGUCGAGAGUAUAAUGACCGAAUCGCGCAACAACGUGCAUUGAUUUCCAAAAAAGCGCGGUAUAGUCUUGAGGACUUCGAUCUGAGGGCUACUGUAGGCACUGGUACUUUCGGCAGAGUUCGUGUGGUGAAGAUAAAGGGGUCUAAGGAUCGGACGCCUUUUGCACUAAAGAUUUUGAAGAAGUCAGAAAUUGUACGAUUGAGACAGGUUGAACAUGUUCGGGCUGAGAGGGCAAUAUUGGAGAAUCUCAGUCAUCCCUUCAUCGUUAAUCUUUUUGCAACAUUUCGUGACGACAAGAGAUUGUUCAUGCUGAUGGAGUACGUGAAUGGUGGCGAGCUGUUUUCGCACCUCCGGAAGGAAGGACGAUUGCCCAAUGAGGAUGCGAGGUUUUAUGCAGCUGAGAUCGUAUUGGCUUUCCAAUACAUGCACAGUUUGAACGUGGUGUAUCGCGACUUGAAGCCUGAGAAUCUUCUAAUUGAUUUUGAAGGACAUAUCAAGAUUACCGAUUUUGGAUUUGCGAAGGUCGUGACGGAUCGGACGUGGACAUUAUGCGGAACCCCGGAGUAUUUGGCACCAGAGAUAAUUCAGUCUAAAGGUCAUGGACAGGCUGUAGAUUGGUGGGCAUUGGGCAUCCUUAUUUUUGAGAUGAUCGCUGGUUACCCUCCUUUUUAUGAUGAGAAUCCAUUUGGAAUAUACCAAAAGGUUUUAGUCGGUCGAAUAGACUUCCCUAAGCAUUUUGACAGCAAGGCUAAGGACCUAGUCAAGCAUUUGCUGGUACGUGAUAGAGUUAAACGAUACGGAUCCCUACGCGAUGGUGUAGAAGAUAUCAAACGGCACAAAUGGUUCAAGAGUAUCGAUUGGGAAGCGGCCAUCAAUAGAGAAAUACCAGCACCGUUUAUACCCCAAGUACGAGGCCCUGAUGAUACGUCGAUGUUCGACAGGUAUCCUGAAUCGAUUGAGAAUUCAUCCCCUAGUAUCAACGAUGCUGAGUACGAUGAUGCGUUUAAAGAUUUCUGAACGUCUGCGAGUAUCACGCUCGUCGUCUCUGUUGUUGUUGUUUCAAAUUGCCACACUUGACUGUUUUCUUCUUUGUACCUGCUGUUCGGUAAUCUUGCCCCGUUUUGUUGCAUGAGAAUGCCGCAGUAUGUUGAUGAUAAUGGUUGUUAUCUAUCAUCCGAGUUUCGGAUUGUCGGUGGCUUGGGGCUCUGCCAUCGAUAAGAUCUCCUGGCUUGUUCCAUCUGAGUCGUUUCACUUCCUGUGUACGAUCUCUGUAACCAGCU